AUGUCAAAGCACAGCGUCAAAGCAAGCGUCGAGAUAAUGCGAAAUUGUUUUUCAGCCUGCACCGAGGAUGGUUGCUUUCAUUUUAAUCUUUUCUUCACUAAUCUAUCUAUCUAUCUAUCUAUCUAUCUAUCUAUCUAUCUAAUAGCAUCUAAUUUGAGUGACCCUAAUGUUCGAUUGAUGACGAAGUCGAUAUUGUUGAUAACUUUUAGUCUUAGCCCUCCAUCUACGCCAAUCUCUCUCUCCCCUUCACCUCUCUCUCUCUCUCUCUCUCACUCUCUCUCUCCUUGUUCUACACGUAUUAUAGCUGGUAUAGUCUCUCUUAAAUUCUCUUCCCUGUGGACCCUUAUUGUUGUAUUAUUAGUGUUAGCUAGCAUUAUUGGGAUACAAACCGCACUGUCAUCUUCCUCUACGGACUCCGCUAGAGCUAGUUUCCCCUCAUUAAAACAAAGUUCAUCCGUUUGGGCGACCCGAUACGAUUUCCUUUUUCCUAAUUCCCCAGCUGAAGAAAGCCUCAUACUACAAGUGAUAGCCGUGUGCGGGCGUAAAAUAACAUCCCCGGUAUCUUUUACGGUGAUUUCUCCGUCCGUCCUUUCUUCCCUCUAA